AUGUUGGCGUACGGUACCUGUCCAGAUGCGGUGGAUGAGUAUCUGCGCAUUGGCGAAACUACCUCCAGAUUGGCUUUGCAACAUUUUUGUCAAGGGGUUAUUACACAUUUUGAAGCUGAAUAUCUCAGAAGUCCCACCGACGAAGAUUUAAGGAGAAUCUUGCAUCAAAAUGAAAUGCGAUGUUUUCCCGGUAUGAUAGGUAGCAUUGACUGCAUGCAUUGGGAGUGGAAGAAUUGUCCUAUGGCUUGGAAAGCGCAAUACGCAGGCCGUAAUAAAAAUGCAACCCUCAUUCUGGAGGUCGUUGCAGAUCAAGAUUUAUGGAUUUGGCAUGCAUUCUUUGGAAUCCCGGGACCUUGUAAUGAUCUUAAUGUCCUUUACCGAUCUCCGGUCUUUGAUGAUGUUCUUCAUGGUCGGGCACCUCCAAUUCAUUUCACCGUGAACGACCAUGAAUACAAGUUGGGCUAUUACUUAGCAGAUGGCAUUUAUCCAAAAUGGGCUACUUUUCUUCAAGGUAUAACACUUCCACAACUUCAAAAGGAUAAAUUAUUUGCUGAUAAACAAGCUGCAGCUCAGAAGGACGUUGAACGGGCCUUUGGGGUUUUACAGGCUAGGUUUGCCAUUCUACGACAACCCUCCCUUGCGUUUAACGAAGACAUAUUGUGUGACAUAAUGAAAGCUUGUAUCAUUAUGCACAACAUGAUUGUCGAAGAUGAACGACACAACUAUGCUCGGGCCAAAGUCUUAAGAAGGUACUAUGAACAAGAUCGCCCGCAAAUUACAAGACCCACUACAAGUGCUACACUUAACAACAACGAGCCUUUUGAAUUCAAUGUUAGCCGACCGCCAAACGUUGAUUUCGACACGUACGUCCAUAGAAGAAUGUCACUACGUGAUAGAGACACUCAUGUUCAAUUAAAAGCGGAUUUAGUGGAACACAUUUGGCAAAAAUAUGGUUCUAUUAAUGAGUAA